AUGGAAAUAAUUAGAAAUAUAAUUAAUAUAUAUCUUAAAAAGUUCCUACACCUUGAGGAUCUUAAGUGGGAUAUCAACGAAGGCCUUCAAGUUGACCAUGCUAAGGCCAAUUCUCAAAGUAUCAAUAAACAAUUUGAGGACAAAGGUAUUCCCAUUCAAAUAUAUAACGGAACCUUAGACUCAAUAAAGAUUUCGUAUUCUCCCACAAAAGGAACAUUUCAAAUACAUAUAAAAGAGAUUAAUGCUCAAAUAAAGCCCAGAGUAUUAUCUACAGUUGGGAAGAAGAUCCAACAAGGUAUUGUUAACAUCAUUUUGGAUGAGGACCCUGUUGAAUUCAUAGACUCUUAUUCGUACAUCAGAGAUCUCCCUAUUUCAUAUCUAGAGCAAGCAAGCAAAAAGUCGGAGUCUUGUAUUAUUGACCCCGACCUUAUCCCUGAGCCACCCAAGUUUCCCACAGCUGCCUUAAAAAUCAAACAACUCCCCAAAUGCCCGCCCAAAUAUUACCCGCCACUUUAUGAAGGUAUAUAUAAGCCAAAAACUCCAGUAGUCCCAGCAACAUCAUCUUUAUUAAUGUUUCAAAAUUGUUGUCAAGAGUGUUUGCCAUCCAAUCCAAUGGUUUAUGGCUCAAGGAAUCAAAGCUUUCCUAUUUUACAAGGAGCCCAGAACCAGUUUCAACCUAAUUAUAUGUCGUACUCAAACCGCGAAAAUGGUCAUGUUAGGGCAAUUAGAGAAGGUGGUUUUUGUACAUAG